AUGCCACAUAUUGAAGAAACACAUAUUUGGUGUCGACCCAUGAGUCAGCUAUCGCAUCUUGCAGAACAGUUUGUCACAGAGAAUGGAACUGAUGCCAGUGAUAUGAAAUUGCUCUUACAGCAGUGUAUCGACACUUUAUCAAAUUAUCAGGAGGAAUGCAAGAAGAUUAAGGGAAUGCGUGGCAAUGUAAUGACUAAGGAAGUAUAUGAUUCAUAUGAGACUGCGUACGUGUACUUCAAGAUUGUUUCGCUGAUAGUGUUGAAUAAAAUCCCUAAGCUUGAAGAGUAUGGGCGUGCUAAAAGCGAUCUAAAUCAAAAUGGCAAAGAGCUGUUAGAGAUUUAUAAUAUGUUAGUCAAUCGUUUAAUCAAAGACGAGAAGAUCUCUGAGAUAAAGAAAUUUGUUAGAGGGCAUUCCAAACAGGAUAGUAAUAUGACAAAUGAUUUUGCACCUUUUGAUGUGGAAAAUGGCUCAUCAAUUUCCAGUCUGAUGUUGCAUAACUUAAUUACUACACCUGCUACUGCAACGUCGGUCUUGCUAAUUGAUAUCCGGCCACGAGUAGAUUUUGUUAAUUUUCAUAUCAAGUUUGAAUCUUUGAUCUGCAUUGAGCCAGUUUCAUUUAAGGAUAGUCAUUCAGACAUAGAUAUUGCCAAAAAAUCUAUGAUCACUAGUCCAGACAACGAAAUAGCGCUAUUCCAAGAAAGAGAUAAGUUUGAAUACAUUAUUUUAUACACCCAAGGAAGUGAGAAAAACGACUACAAUAUUCAUCAACAAGAAGUAUUAGUAGACUUGUUGAUUAACCGGUCUUUUCAAAAGUCACUAUAUAAUACUAAAAUUUUGACACUAGACGGCGGAUUUUCUAGCUGGUCUACGGCAUAUCCCAAUCUAUGUGAAUCUUUCCAGGGUGAUAGUGUUUACAUCAAUGGUGAUACGUCGAGUUUGAGUUUACAGUCAAUGCCACAGGCUGCACCUCAAAAUAAAUACAAUCCUAUUUUCCAAUCAAUGUUCUCCAAGAAUGGUGAAGCGAACGAUAUUACUAGGAGUCCCCUUCAUUUUCCGCUUCAACAACAGUCAAAAUUAAAACGAACACCAAGUUUUAAAGACUAUUUUAAGGGGUCAAAUUCGACUUUAACUUUAAAUGAGAGACCUGGUAGCGUUCCGCCACAGUUUCAAAAUGGCUUUGCAAAUUAUCCAGAAACUCCAAAAUUGAUAAGCAGUAAUGAAUACAUGAAAUCUUUACCUCAGAUAUCUCCAAUUACAUCGAAAGCACUAACAACUGCAUCUCGUGGACUUUCGGCUGUUGGUGGAUCUAAAAGCUCUCCUCAAAGUAAUACAUCGAAUUUACUAAACCCAAGUGCAUCUCCAUUAAAACGAAAUGAAAAUAGUGUGGGAUUUAGUUCAAUGAAAUCUCCGGGACAAGAAUGGGCAAUGUUAACCGCUUUCAAUUUAAAUUUUAGUGUGGGACUUGUGAAUUGUGGUAAUUCAUGCUAUAUGAGCUGCAUUAUACAGUGCUUGCUUGGCACUCAGGAGUUAUGCACAAUGUUUUUAAACAAUUCUUAUCAAAACCAUAUAAAUUUGAACAGCAGGCUAGGGUCUAAGGGUGUUUUAGCAAGAUAUUUCUCUCAGCUAAUCCAUCAAAUGUAUCAACAGGGGAAAGACAUACGUAAAACUUCAGGCACCGAAAAAACAGCAGUUCUACCUGCCCAAUUUAAGAUUGCUUGUGGGUCAAUAAACGCUCUCUUUAGAGAUAGGUCACAGCAAGAUUGUCAAGAAUUUUGCCAAUUUCUCUUGGAUGGUCUACAUGAAGACUUAAACCAAUGUGGGAACAACCCUCCAUUAAAGGAACUAUCAGAAAAGGCAGAGAAGAUGAGGGAAAUGAUGCCCAUGCGAAUUGCAUCCUCAAUUGAAUGGGAGAGGUACUUAACCACUGACUUUAGUGUGAUAGUUGAUUUAUUCCAAGGUCAGUAUGCUUCACAAUUACGAUGUAAAGUAUGCGGCAGGACAUCCACAACCUAUCAGCCCUUCUCCGUGCUCUCGGUACCAGUCCCCAGUUCAAGACAGUGUACUAUUAUUGACUGCUUUACAGAAUUUACCAAAGUUGAAACGCUUGAUCUUGAUGAACAAUGGUCAUGUCCCGAUUGCAAGAAAAGGCAGCCAUCCACAAAGAAGAUCACAAUAACAAGGCUUCCCAGAAAUUUAAUCAUUCACCUCAAAAGAUUUGACAAUAUGUUAAAUAAGAACAAUGUGUUUGUUUCUUAUUCUGCAGUGCUGAAUUUAACAUCUUUUUGGGCUAAUGAUUAUGACAAGAAAGUUAUGAACAAUAACAACGUUGAACUACCUUCGCGGGGUCAAGUUCCCCCAUUCAAUUAUCAGCUUUACGGGGUAGCUUGCCACACAGGUACACUAUAUGGUGGUCAUUAUACAGCUUAUGUUAAUAAAGGUGCUACAUUAGGUUGGUGCUAUUAUGACGACACCAACUGGAGGCAAAUUAGGAGUUCCAACGAAUACAUUUCACAGAACGCAUACGUAUUAUUUUAUCACCGCAUUCAUGGUUCAUGA